UUGGGUUUAAUGCUCUGUUUAAAGUAUUUUACCCUGGAGUAAAUAUAAACAACUAUUUUAUUUUAUACAAUGUAUUACACAAAAACAAUGACCAAUGGAACUGUUCUAAACAUUUGUGUAGUUUGGAAUUUUCUGUUAUGUUCAUUAAUGAAAACUGACUAACUGCCAAUCUUCAAAUUUGCAUUUAAAAUUUUUGAUAAAUGUUAGCUGGUAAAUUCUACGUUGUGAUGCACUAUAAAGUUUGUCUCUCUGUCAGUGCCCAUUUGUGUGGCUACUGGGGAGAGAUUUGUGAUUUAAAAAAAAAAAAAAAAAAAAAUCCCCCCCAUUUCAUGAUGGUUGCUGUCCUCAAGAUGGCGGUGGUGACGCCUUGGAGAAACGUGUUUAUCAGGGUGGCUGCACAAUGUUUUAACGUCUCCUAGCAACGCAAACAUGGACAACGCUUCGUUUCCCCGUAUUCAUGUGGAGAGAACCUUGGCGCUCAUAAAGCCAGAUGCAAUUAAGAAAAGUGAGGAGAUUGAGGACAUCAUUCUGAGAAAAGGCUUCUCUAUUUUGCAGAAGAGGAAACUGCAGAUGACUCCAGAACAGUGCAGUGACUUCUAUACAGAACAUUAUGGAAAACUCAACUUUCCUAGCUUGACUGCCUACAUGAGCUCUGGUCCAGUCAUUGCCUUCACUCUGGCCCGGGACAAUGCAAUAGCCUACUGGAAAUCCAUCAUUGGACCUCCUAAGGUCACAAAAACUAUGGAAUGCCUUCGAGCAAAAUAUGGCACGUCUGAUCUUCAGAACGCUCUCCAUGGCAGCAAGUCAUUUCAUGCUGCUGCCCGAGAAAUCAAAUUCAUGUUCCCCACUACUAUGAUUGAGCCGUUUCCCACAAAAGAAGAAACCGAAGAAUACCUGAGUCGAUACGUGAAACAAACAUUGCUACAUGGACUCACUGAGCUCUGUAAGCACAAACCACUCAACCCCUGUGUUUGGCUUGCUGACUGGCUCAUCAAAAACAAUCCAAACGGGCCUCAAAUAUGCGAUGGAGUUGUAGAAUAAGCAAAAUGACUGAUGACUGAAAACGGUAGUACAAAACAAUAGCUCAUUUGAUUUGGGCUCAUAUUGUUCACAACAUAUAACCUUUAUGAACUGUACAUGCAAUUUUUCAAGUCACGUUUUGGGCUAUCAUAAAAAAACUCCCAUUCUUAAAUAAGAGUAAAAUCAAAUAAAGCUACUUUUAUUUUUUCAAGAUAGUCUUCAGAGGAACUCUGUCAGGUAGUGUCGUUAUUCAAGUAUUGCUGGAAUUGAUGUAUGUCAGCAGGUAGCAUAAAAACACACCUUGAACUUCAUGGUUGCGUUGAUAUAUUCAUUUUUUCCAAACUGUAUGACUUUUUGGAUAUUUGAGUUCUAUCGUGCAUAUCACUUGACAGUGUGUUAAGGUAUAGCAUGCAUACUGUCCAUACUAUAAAUUAAGAUAUAGCAGCCUAAUACGCCAACCAAAAACGCAUGAGCUCUUAUGUUGUACUUCUGAACAUGAAUCACUUUUUCACCUCAUGCUUUUGCUUGUUCUGAAACCUUUAGAAAAGAGAGAAAUUGUUUUAUUUGUGAACAUGCUAUAGUAAAAAGAGUAUCUAUAAAUGUAUUGUUUUUGUCGUUGCAUGACAUUGGCCUAUUAAAAAUGAAUGAUGUGAA